AGCCAGUUGGCAGAGAAGGUGAAGAAAGACAACAUGGCCCCCAAAGUGGCAAGACGCAAGAAAGAAGGAGGUGGCUCAAAUGUAUUCUCCAUGUUUGAGCAAAGUCAGAUUCAGGAAUUUAAAGAGGCCUUCACAAUCAUGGAUCAAAACCGAGAUGGGUUCAUUGACAAGGCUGACCUGAGAGACACUUUUGCUGCACUAGGUCGCAUGAACGUCAAGCCUGAAGAGUUAGAAGCGAUGAUCAAGGAGGCUCCGGGUGCCAUCAACUUCACUGUCUUCCUUACAAUGUUUGGUGAGAAGCUGAAAGGCACAGACCCUGAAGAGAUAAUUCUGAAUGCUUUCCGGGUUUUCGACCAGGAAGGAAAAGGUUUCAUAAAAGCAGACUACAUGAAGGAAAUGCUAAUGACUCAGGCAGAUCGGUUCACUGCGGACGAGGUCAAGCAGACAUUCGCUGCGUUCCCCCCAGAUCCUGCUGGCAAUCUUGAUUAUAAGAACCUUGUUUAUGUUAUCACGCAUGGGGAAGAGAAGGACUAAGAGAGGCUGAGAAGACCCAUCAAGGGAAGGCUGGUUGCCAUCACCUCAGCUUGAUGCGCAAGCCAAUGAAGUCUGUGAUGAGAUUAAAACCAUUCAGAUUAAAGAAUCUGAAUGAGAUUAAAACCAUUGCACUAAAUGUCCUUGGGUGCUUAAAAAAAUAAAAGUGGAAGAUACCA